CCGCUCCUCUUUUUCUGCAUUUCCGAAAAGAGCCUUUUGAUGUUAUCGUCCCGUCUCAUUGUUUACACAUACAAACCUUUAUCUCUAGAUUCGACUGGUAGAAUUGUAAAGCGCGGAUAUCGGCACCGCAUUGUUGACGACGAAAACACGUGGGGGUUGCCAAGUCUCUCAACUUCUUGCAGUCCCAAAGUUCCCCUUUCUUGUCCUAGUUCCCGCAUCCCGCCACGAUCCUCUUCCGGUAAACGGAGAAGCCCAGUCAAAUAGAUCCUCUUUUAAGAAGCAUCUGAUCCGCCCCCCCUCCUCCACGAACACUUGCGCGAGACACUAUCUUUCUUUACAUUGACCACACAUCACCUACACGAAACGAUUCGCAGAGUAUCCGUUCUCACGACUUCGGCACUUAGUCCAUCCUCCUAUACCUACCUCACCCAACCAAGUCAACAUGUCUACCGCCUCCGAGAUCGCGCCCACCAAGUGCGUGGGCCCCGAUUACCGCGCCGAGGAGCAGAAGCCCACCGCCACCGUCUCGACCGCCGUCAACUUCGACAACGUCACCGUUCUCUCUCAAACUCCCCAGCUCAUCGCUCUCCUCAGCAUUAUCCGUGACAAGCGGACCGACCGCGGCGACUUCAUCUUCUACUCCAACAGAAUCAUCCGUCUCCUCGUCGAGGAGGGCCUCAACCACCUCCCCACCGUCGAGCACCCCGUUACCACCCCCGUCGGCCGCAUAUACGAUGGUUUGGCGUUUCAGGGCAAGAUCUGCGGUGUCUCCAUCAUGCGCGCCGGAGAGGCCAUGGAGCAGGGUCUGAGAGACUGCUGCCGCUCCGUUAGAAUCGGCAAGAUCCUUAUUCAGAGAGACGAGGAGACUGCGCAGCCCAAGCUCUUCUACGAUAAGCUUCCCGAGGACAUUGCCGACCGCUGGGUCCUUCUCCUCGAUCCAAUGUUCGCCACUGGCGGAUCUGCCAUUAUGGCCGUCGAGGUGUUGAAGUCCAGGGGAGUUCCAGAAGAGCGGAUUAUCUUCCUCAACAUUUUGGCUAGUCCCGAGGGCAUCAGCAACUUUGCUUCCAAGUUCCCCAAGCUCCGGACGGUAACUGCUUUUGUCGACCAAGGCCUCGAUGACAAGAAUUACAUUAUCCCUGGUCUCGGUGACUUCGGCGAUCGCUAUUACUCCAUGUAAAGUGUGAAGGGGCGUAGGUAGAUCGUUGAUUGUGAUGACUUCCUGGCGGUGGGGAUCGACUUUGGGAAAUGGCGUUAUCUGAGAGGACUUUUUGAUGCCAAGCGUAGUAAUGGAAUACCCACUCUGGAAAAAUUCAACAAAACGAGUUCGUGCGGCUUCGUUCGUCGAAAUAAAACUGGCAUCGAGAUUCGG